AUGGAACCUCAAAGUGCCCGGCUCCUGGCAGUGAUCCUCAUCCUGGGACUGUGUGCCCUGGUGGGGGGCCAGAAACCUUCCCCCUGCCAGUGCUCAAGGUUGAGUACUGACAACAGGAAGAACUGUGGCUUCCCGGGCAUCACCAGCGACCAGUGCUUCACUCUUGGAUGUUGCUUUGACUCCAGCAUUGUUGGGGUCCCCUGGUGUUUCCAUCCCCUCCCAGAGCAAGAAUCAGAGGAGUGUGUUAUGGAAGUCUCAGCUCGUGAGAACUGUGGCUACCCGGGCAUCAGCCCCGAGGAGUGUGCCUCCCGCCAGUGCUGCUUUUCCGACGUGAUCCCUGACGUGCCUUGGUGCUUCUUCCCAGAGUCUGUGAAAGACUGUCACUAUUGAGGGGCGAUGGCUGCAGAGAACACACCUGGCUUGCCAGACACUCUGAAGCAAAGGAAGAACGUUCCUGGUCUGAUCAGCUUUAGAGUUCAC